AUGGACAUUCGGAUUGUCCCUCAUGCCACAGGGAAGGAGCGAAUGGAUCGAUACCGGACUCUGAUGGCUCGGAGGCAGCAAGGAAUGGAGGUUGGUGGUUUUGCCCAGACCUUUUGGAUGCUGGCGGUGGGGCUGAAUUAUAAUGAGGCUGCACUUAAGGACCUCCUUAACAUCUGUCUGGAUAAUCCUUUGCCCCAGUGGGAGGUGGAAGGACUCGAGAUCCUAGACUUCUGGGGCUUCGUCAGGUAUCUCCAGGGUCGAAGUCAGUGGGCAAUACCAGGCCAGUCAGAACCCUUCUGCAGGGAUUUUCCCACCACCUCUAUCCUUCAGACUCCCACUAAGCGGCGGAGGGUGAGAAGGAGGACAGGAAAGCCCACUCCAGAGCCCGCUCCAGUCCGGGAGCUCACAGAGCCCAGUCCAGAGCCCGCUCCAGUCCGGGAGCUCACAGAGCCCAGUCCAGAGCCCGCUCCAGCCGGGGAGCUCACAGAGCCCAGUCCAGAGUCUGCUCCAGCCGGGGAGCUCACGGGGACCGUUGCGGAGCAAUCUGGUUCUCCUGUUGCAGCCGUUGAGGCUGAUACUAAGCUCUUUCUGCUCUUGUUUUCAG